CUCCCCCCCCCCCCCCUUCAGAAGUGGCAGGACCUCAACGUGGUGAGCAGCCUGCUCAAGUCCUUCUUCCGGAAGCUUCCCGAGCCCGUCUUCACCGACGACAAGUACAACGACUUCAUCGACGCCAACCGCUUGGACACUAACUCUGAGAGGCUGAAGACCAUGAACAAACUGAUCCGCGACCUGCCGGACUACUACUACCACACGCUCAAGUUCCUGAUCGGCCACCUGAAGACGGUGGCGGACCACUCUGAUAAGAACAAGAUGGAGCCCAGGAACCUGGCGCUGGUGUUCGGGCCCACGCUGGUUCGGACCUCUGAGGACAACAUGACAGACAUGGUCACACACAUGCCCGACCGCUACAAGAUCGUGGAAACACUCAUCCAACACUACAUCUGGUUUUUCACUGAUGAGAUGGACAUGGACGACAAGACGCCAGUGGAGACGGGAGACGUGCAGCCCGCCCCCAACAUCGACCACCUGCUGUCCAACAUCGGCAGGACCGCCUACCUAGGGGAGGCGUCAGACUCAACCAAUAGUGAAGGUGCUAAAUCCAAGAUGUCCUGGGGCUCCAAGAAGGACCUGACGGCCAAGGACUUCCUGACGCUGUCCAUCAUGUCGGCCGUCACGGGCCGCAAGCGCCGCAAGCGCCACGGCCGCCGCGGCGCCGGCAGCACCGACGACGACGACGCGGAGCCGGGGCCCGUCAAACCCAGCCAAUCGGUGGAGUCGGAGGAGGGCGAGGAGGCGGAGUCACCCGCCGGGGGGGACACCGCCCCCCGGGCGGUGGGGGAGGAGGACGAGGAGGACGAGGAGGAGGAAGAGGAGGAGGGAGGGGAGCAGGAUGUGGCGAGGAGGCAGGAGGCGUUCCAAACGAUCGUACAGGUGACGGAGGAGCGCGGGGGGGCGGGUGCGUCGGACGCGGCGGGCGAGACGCUCCUCCUCGCCACGCAGGUGGAGGAGCGGAGCCAGGGGGCCUCGAUGCCCCGGGAGGAGGAGGAGGAGACGGAGGAGGAGGUGGAGGAGGUGGAGAAGGACAGGGCGGGGGCGAAAGGGUCGCCGUGGCGAUCGCCGGAAGACGCUCGCUCCAUCGUCUCGGGCUACUCCACGCUGUCCACGCUGGGGCGGAGCCUGCGUUCCCACGGUGACGACGGCGACGACGAGAACAGCGAGCUGGUCAGCGAGACGGACAACGAGAGCGGCUUCGCCUCGCGCUCCGUCACCCAGGAGCGGCCCGAGAAGCACCCGGUGCCCGCCGCCGCCACGGCCACGCCCCCCGCCGAGGCCACGCCCCACGCCACGGCUACGCCCCCUGCGUCGCCCGCGGCGACGGCGGCGUCACAACGCAGCUUCCUCUACACCCACUACAAGUCGCCCCCGCCCGUCCUCAGCCCCAUGCCGCUGCUGGCCCCGCCCACGCCCGAGCCUGCGGAGAGGGGCGAGGGCGGGGCCGGCUCCACCACCCCCUCGUCGUCGUCCUCCUCGGCCGCCGCCCACCGGCUGCACUCGCGGCCCUCCUUCAACUCCCACCGGCUGAUCCAGUGCGACACGCUGGCCCGCAAGAAGGCCAAGGCGCGCUCCAUGGACCUGCUGGACUCCCUGGGCCCCGACCGGGCUGAGGGCGGGCCGCGGCCGAGGCGGGACCCCUCCCGGACCAACCCCUCGUCGGGGAGCAGCCAGGAGAGCCUGCGCCCGGCGCCGCCCCCGGCGGCCCCCGGGGAGGCCGCCUCCUUCGCCCCCUCCGGCGGCCAGGCCCAGGGGCGGGGCUCCCUGGUGGACCAGGUGAGGGCCCGCCUCCUGGGCUCGGCCGACGACCUGCGCACCGUGGGCCUGAGGAAGCCGCUGUCGCCCGAGACGCGCCGCAAGAGACGCGCCUGGCGCCGGCACACGGUGGUGGCGUCCCCCACCGAGACCACGGGCAAGCGGCCCCUGCUGCUGACCGGAGACCUGCCCCUGGCCCCCAUCGCCUCCGGCCUGGCCAAGCCGGCAGCACCCCCCCCUCCCCUGCAGAGACCCGACCCGGAGCCGGAGCCAGGCCGGGAGGACGCCCCGACCUCACGCAGAGCCCCUCCUUCUCGGUUCUCCCAGUACCUCUGAGAUCUCCCCCCCCCCCCCCCCCCGGACCACCACGGACCCCUCCCCACGGGCCCCCCUGACUCCCGGGAGCCGCAGACCCAGACUCUUCCAUCGGGGGGACCGCCGGCUCUUGAGGCACAGAGGUGUCCACAGACAUGGAGAAGACCAAAGGACCAAAGGACCCGUCUGGACUCGGCCUCCCACCCUUCUUUUGUUUUGGUCAGCUCUCUUAGCAUGGCGAAGGGCGUUCCACUGUUGCCAAAGUAUUUAUUAACGGUUCUUUUUUUAAACUUUUUUUAUUUUUGUUUUUGUAUUCUCGUGUGCUCUAUUAAUCGGAAUCAUUGUGAAAGGGGUUUCGGACACAGGGCCGGCGCCGACCCGCGUCGCAGUCUAUCACGCAGCCAAGAAAUCGUAGUCACACGCGGCCGUCGGAUCGACUGGGUCGUGUUUCCUCCUGUCCGGCUUCGAGCGGAAUCCCAGAGAUUAAGCCAGGUUGGUUCCCUGAGCCGGGUAAGGUGCUCGAGGGGAGGUAAACUCCUUUGGGUUCCUCAGAGUACGGUGUUUGCAGCAAGCUAAAAAAAAAAAUAUUUCCCUAUUGCCAAGAAUACUUUAGAAAGCCGGGACAGGAGAAUACAGACAGCGCCCCAUUCAUUACUUUCGGUUUAUUUCUAACUCUUUGAUACAAACACACUCACACACACCGUUACUUAAUCAAGCGACACACAACGCAGUAAUGAAACGCAACUCGAUUACACAGAGUCUUCGUGGCUUACUUUUAAAGCAGGGUUUUAAGCCUUUUUUUUUGUAGCCAGAGCUGGCUUUGUAUACAAGUCUUCCCACUCUGUUACUUCUUAGACCACAGACACUUUAAUACAGUAAGUACUACGGUCACUCAUGGGACACACACACACACACACAUUCACAUGCAGAGCUGACAGAAAAAGCUAGUUUGAGAGUACUUUUUACUAACGUUGUCUAUAUGUGUCUGUGUGUUCGCUCAGCCACGUUUGUGAUAAUGUCUAAGUGUUCAGGUGUUUGUGUCUAACUAUUUUGUAACAUUUGUAAAAAGCCUUGUGUAAGUUAACCCUGUAAAUAUAAAUAUGUUAUAUUUGUUUUAACUUUCCUCCUUGUUAUUUCGUUAUGGUUUACAAAAAGGUGCAUACACAUGCACGGUCAAUCUUUUUCAGUUGAUAUGCUACUUGAACAGUUGCAUUACACAGACAGACACACACAUACACAUACACACAAAACAAAAAGCAAGUAAGAAACAAAACCUGAAUCUUUAUCUCACAAACAGAUGCCUUCCCGGUUGAUUCUCACCGCUAUGCAAAACCCCCUCCUCUGUUUCCAGAAAAUAUAUAAAUAUUGCAUUAUCAAAUACAAAAACUAUGACCAUGACAUGCAAGGCGAAACUGUUACAUCAGUAAUCAGGCAGCCUUUCUAUGCCAGGCUUGGAAUGGCUUUUGGUUUAGUGGCAUAAUGUGUCCGAUAGCACUUGUUAAAUGAUUCAACAGCAUGUCAAUCUUGUGAAAAAUCGUUGCUUUUUUUCAGGGCUCGGCAACCAAUACAAUGAUCAGAUUGAAAGGGUUUUGCAUGUCUUCUUUUUUUUUUGCAUACCCAGAAUCGACUCCGUUAUGUUCCAUUGUAGUGAAGCCACUACUAUUGAUCACCGACGGAACAUAACGCAUCCACAUGUAAUGUACCGUUUUCUUAAUCACAGCUUUUGAUUUUGAGAACAGGCAUCACGAAUACACAGGUGGAACAUAUUUCCAGUAGGCCUACAUGGAAACAAUUGUGUCCUUUACAUCCAACUGGGGAGUUUUUUUAUAAGGAAUAAUAAUAUUUAUCAUAAUGUUAUGAGGCAGAUCUGCGUGUGUCAGGAAAGCCCCCCCAAACGGGAUAAGAAAAUAUUUUAUUUCUGUUUCAAGUUACCUCAAGAUUAGUCCUACAAGUGCCUGUAUACUGGAUAUUUGUUUUAUUUUCUUGCGGUGCCAUAUCUGCUCAUUCUCCAUCUCCAUUAGUUCCGCGGUUAUCUGACGCACCAACUGACGCUCUGUAGUACAUCGAACAUAAAGCGGUCUGUCUGUCAGUCUGUUACAAGCACAACCAAGCCAAGUACAUUACUAUGCACUCACUCAUACUCACACUCACUCUCUCUCUCUCUCUCUCUCUCUCUCUCUCUCUCUCUCUCUCUCUCUCUCUCUCUCUCUCUCUCUCUCUCUCUCUCUCUCUCUCUCUCUCUCUCUCUCUCUCUCUCUCUCUCUCUCUCUCUCUUCCAAUAAUACAGGCGCAAACAGCUACUUACCGAUGCUGCUAAACGGGGUUGGGGGAGCAUAGGUUUAUCCCAGCUACAUUUGUUGAACAGAAAAGCUGAGGUCAUACAAAUAUGGUACACCUGACAAGUUAGUCUCGCGAGACUUAAAAGUGACAAGAGACUGUAAAGACGCGUCGGUACCGUCGGUCACCAAUGCCAUAUGGUUUCGUGUGACGGGCUGCAAAAUUGUUAUGGAAAAAUCGAACUGUUAACACACUACUCGCUGUGUUAGUCGUCUGAAAUGUGACUGUUUUGGUUCUUGUAAUGGAAGAUUUUUUUGUAAAUACUGUCUAAAUAUGUAACAUAUUGUAAUGUGUACAUUUUGAAUUGCUUUGAGUAAAACUAUCUGAUAUGAAAACGA